CCACAGAAGAAGAGUGAGCGGUCUGCCUCGAGUGUAACACCUCUGCCACGCUUUUCUCUCCAUUUUCCCUCACAAAAUGACCACACUAAAUACACUGAAAACUUUUAUCAACCAGCGGCUCGCUGUGGCUGUAGACGAGAUAUUCGGGCUGCUGGAAACAACAAUAUUAAACUACGAGGAAGAGAUAAACCGCCAGCGGAGGCUGCUGGAACAUGAGAGGACUGAAAUCAAAACAGAGGCGCAACAACCUAUGAGAUUUCGAGUCAUCAUCGAUCACGACAUCAAGAAGAUAACUUUCCAAAAUGGCCUCCCUUCAUCUGUGGAGGACUUGAUAAAAGUGUUUCAACAAGCGUUUUCCAUCACCACAGCCAUAGGUCUCCAGUACAAAGAUGCUGACUUUGAUGACUUCUUCACGCUUACCUCUACAAGUGAUUUGAAGGAUAAAGACACACUCAAAGUCGUGCACAUGCCACCAGGCAUAAUAAUGACCAUGGUCCGUCAGGAACCCAACCCAGACACAUCUGAUGUGUCCUCUGUGGAUGACAUGCUCUCUGUGGACUCACAAGACAAUCUGAUCCCCAGUCCCCCUGUCACUGAGAGGCACAACCUCUGGCCCACCAUCUUUCCCAUCCCAACCUUCUCCUACAACACUGAGAUGGCUCUGAGGCAAGGCAACGAGAAGUUUCUAAAAGAUGGAACCCUGCUGACAUCCCCCAGUGUCAAAUCAGACAUUCUGGAGCGUCUGGCAGAGGCCAUGUUUUCCUACACAGCUUAUCCCAAUGACCCACAGAGGACCGCUGUUGCACAGGCACUAAUAGAGAAGCAUCCCUGCUUGAGGGAACCUGGCUCUUUUAACGGAUGUUACGGAUGGCAGCAGAGCUUGAAGUACAAAUGUGCAAACUACCGGAGCAAACUUAAAGCUCACGGAAACCCCGAACUACUGAUAAAUACAAUGAAACACAAGCAGGAGGGUGAUAGAAAACCCGCCAAAAAUAUCAAGAAACCGAGGAAAUCUGAGGUCAACUACCUUCCGCCACACCUAGCCGGAGAAACGGACGACAGCCUGGAGAAUGUGAGACUGGAGCUCAUUGCAGCAAGCAGGACAAAGGACAACGUUCAGAGGAUAAAUGACAUGAUGUCCAGAACAUACAGCUGUAGAAGAAGGGAAGUGGUUGGCCAGGCCAUGCAUGUGACAGAAUUCAAGGAGCGAUGGCCUGCCCUCUUUGAUCCAAAACAGAUAAAUGAAGAGUUCCGAAGGUGCAACACUAUUCCCCUGGAGUCGACGUUUAUCUCCCAGCUGGACAAGUACACGCCAAAGUUCCUGGAGUUAUUCAGCUCAAAGGGAGGGGCCGUUGGACAGCGCAUGAAGAGUGUGUUGAUUGAACUGAUAAAGGACCCACAUGCCUCAGUGAUGAAGAAGCGGGACGUGACUCUGAGAUGCCUCAUCGAGUACAUGGGGGAGAGUGUGCAGGAGCUCAUCUCUGACUAUUAUAGAACAGCCGAGGAUCAAGUUCAUGAGGACCUUAAAACACAGAGUAUGAGGAUCUAUGUUUGUCACCAGCCGGAUGCGGUGGGCAUCAUCAUCGAUGGAACUCCGGUGCUGACUGGUCUGGAGAACAUGUCCAGAGCCUGCUGCCUUCUCCUCGGCCUAACCUACGCCCUAAACCUGGAUUAUCCUCCCAAACUCGCCAAAACGUUUGAAGUCUUUCAAAGACUGUUUGUAGGACUUGAUAUGCUGCAGCCAAAACCAUCAUCGAAGUACAUCAACUUGAAAAACAAACUCUUUCUCUGAGCACUGACUCUAUUCAUCCACAGCUCUGUUUGGUUACCAUGUUAUACUUAGGAGCUGUAAAGGUUUCUGGUUAUCUGAUGAUGAGGAUUCUACUGAAUAUGUUUGUAAGAACUGUCUUAACAACUAAGGGUUUAAACACUGAGGCUAGGAUUUAGGGCCUUCCAGCUCAGUUCUUUGGAGAAUGAGUGCUGUAUAAGCUGUCAAUGUUAGUAGUAGCUAAUCUGUAAUUUUUUUUACCUAAUCAGACAUGUUCUACUGUAGAUUAAACUUUUAUAUUAACAUCUGUUAUGGGAAAUAUAUUAUACUGAUACACAUUUUAACAUUUAAAAAAUGACUUUUGCUUUUAUACAUUUUGUAAACUGACAUUUUAGUUUGGGGGUGACUGAAGAGAAUGUAUGAAUAAGUUUACUUACAGCAUUCAGAAUACAAGCAGAAUUAUGAUUUUGUAAAAACAAAUGAAAGAAAGUUAUCUAAUUUGUUCCUCAGUUUAUCUGUCAAUAGUUUAUUCUUGUAUAAAUUACUAUGACCUUGAAAAAGUUUGGGUUUAGCACAGAUCUCAGAACAAUCUAAAGAAAAUUAUGAUGUCAGUGUUGUGGAGACAGAAUACUUUUCUUUUUCUAUUUGAUGGAAAUUAAAAGCAUUGACAUGAUUUGGAUAUAAACUGAAUUGACUAUUGCAUUGUGAACAUUUUAUGUUAUUAUUUGUGAAUAUAAGCUACAUCUAUCAUAUGGACAGCUGUGCCCCAUUAUCACUUAUUUUGGUAUUAAAGGUCAUGUAUUUCAGAAGCAUUUUUUGUUAUAUUGUAUAUUGGAAAUUUUAUUUACAUCUCAACAGAAAUCAUCAUCAUCAUCAUCAUCAUCAUCAUCAUCCGCUUAUCCGGGGUUGGGUCGCGGGGGUAGCAGGUCUAGCAGAGGACCCCAAACUUCCCUUUCCCCUGGCCUGGCUCCACUCCGAGUCCUUUGCAGAUGACUGAGCUUCUCACCCUAUCACUAAGGGAGAAGCCGGCCACCCUCCUGAGGAAACCCAUUUUGGCCGCUUGUACCCACCAUCUCAUUCUUUCGGUCAUGAGCGAUGGGUCAUGACCAUAGGUGAGGGAAGGAACAAAUAUCGAUCGGUAGAUCGAGAGCUUCGCCUUUCAGCUCAUCUCUCUUCAUGACAACAGCACGAUAAAGCAACCAAGGUUUCCUGCUGAGAACCAUGGCCUCUGAUUUAAAGGUGCUGAUCCUCAUCCCAUCUGAACUGCAACCUCCAUGAAAAUCGCAGAAAAAAACAGGAUUGGUGACAAAGCGCAGUCCUGGCGGAGGCCAACACCCACUGGGAACGAGUCCAACUUACAGCCAAGAAUCCAGACACAACUCUCGCUUUGGAAGUACAGGGAUUGGAUGGCCCUGAGAAGUGGCCACGUCACCCCAUACUCCCGCAGCACCUCCCACAGAAUAUUCUGGGGAACCCGGUCAUAGGCCUUCUCCAAAUCCAGAAAGUACAUGUAGACCGGGUGGGCAUAUUCCCAGGCCCCUUCUAAGACACCUGCGAGUGAAGAGUUCCGAUGUGUGUGAAUGGGUGAAUAUAGUGUACAGCACUUUAAGUGGUUGGAAGACUAGAAAGGCACUAUAUAAGUGCAGUUCAUUUGCCAUUUACUGCCCCCUUGGAUAUUUAUUCUAUUUCCAACACCACAUAGAGCUGAUUCUGCUGCUGGGAGCAGGUAGAAGCUGUGCUGAGCACUUCUUUUCUCCCCUGCCCACAGAAUUUGGAAGAUCUAGACUAAAUAAACAGACGGAAUGUUCCAAACAUGUUCUUUAUUGUACUUGUACUUGUUUGAAUGCACAGCACACAGCAUACUGCACAUGUGAGGACUAUUUAAGAGAAAGUUACAAAGAGGAAGGUCAGAAUGCUGCUUUGCCCUCCCAAACCUGUAAUAUUUUCUAGUAAGCUGGCCCGGCUGGGCGGGUAAAGACUAAAACUAAAAUAUCUGUCAAAAUGAACACUGAUUGGGUAGGAGUGUAUUGAAUGUCACUGCUUUGCGCUCCUGGAUCAGACCAAACAGUGCUAGCUGUUACCCACUGUCAAAGGCCCUGUGCUGAAACACAU